AUCAAGACGCGCAGCAGACUUUAAGGAAACAGGGCGGAGUCUUCAGUGCGCGCACUCAACAUCCGCGUCCUUCCGUCUGUCAGAAGGUCAAGCGACUCCGUGUCAACAUUAAAUAAUCCUCAUCUAUAUUCUUAUAAUAAUAUAUCUGUACCGGACGGACGCGUAUCAUCAUGAGUUCGGCGCGUUUGGAGAAACUGAAAAUGACGGGCACGGGCAAAGCCAUGGCACUGCUCACCAGCGGAGGAGACGCGCAAGGUAUGAAUGCAGCGGUCCGUGCCGUGACCCGGAUGGGCAUUUAUGUCGGAGCAAAGGUCUAUCUGGUUUAUGAGGGUUAUCAAGGGCUUGUGGAUGGAGGUGAUAACAUUAAACAGGCCAACUGGCAAAGCGUCACGAAUAUAAUUCAACUGGGUGGGACGGUGAUCGGCAGCGCUCGCUGUAAAGCCUUCACCACACGCGAGGGACGUUUAGCUGGGGCCUUUAACCUGGUAAAGCGAGGCAUCUCAAACCUGUGUGUUUGUGGAGGGGACGGCAGCCUGACGGGAGCAAACAUCUUCCGCUCCGAGUGGAGAGGACUUCUGGAAGAGCUUGUGAAGAAAGGCCGCAUCACUCAAGAAACUGCUGAACGUCACGAUCAUCUGAACAUCGUGGGUCUGGUGGGCUCUAUUGAUAAUGAUUUCUGUGGGACGGACAUGACCAUCGGUGCUGACUCCGCCCUUAAUCGCAUCAUUGAGAUUGUUGACGCCAUCACUACCACGGCAACGAGCCACCAGCGCACAUUUGUGCUCGAGGUUAUGGGACGCCACUGUGGAUAUCUGGCUUUGGUUUCAGCCCUGGCGUCUGGAGCUGAUUGGCUGUUUAUUCCAGAAGCUCCUCCUGAAGACGGAUGGGAGGAGCGCAUGUGUGCUCGACUGGGAGAGAGUCGCAGUAAAGGAUCCAGACUCAACAUCGUCAUCAUUGCUGAAGGAGCCAUCAACAAAAGCGGUGAACCCAUCACAUCCAACUACGUCAAAGAUUUGGUUGUGGAGCGGUUGGGUUAUGACACACGAGUGACGGUUCUGGGUCACGUUCAGAGAGGUGGAACCCCUUCAGCCUUUGACAGGGUUCUGAGCAGUAACUUGGGUGUCGAGGCUGUGGUGGCCCUGUUGGAGGCGGAUCCUAACACACCCGCCUGUGUGAUCGGUCUGUCGGGUAACCAGGCUGUACGGUUGCCGCUUAUUGAGGCAGUGGAGAUGACUAAAGAGGUGCAGAGAGCCAUGAAUGACAAGCGUUUUGAAGAAGCGAUACAGCUGCGAGGAAGGAGCUUUGAGAACAACUGGAACAUUUAUAAACUGCUGGCCUAUCAGAAGCCUGCUCAGACCAAGAGCGGAUACUCCAUGGCCAUUCUGAAUGUGGGCGCACCUGCGGCGGGGAUGAACGCAGCCGUGCGCUCCGCUGUCAGGGUCGGCUUGGCCACAGGACAUCGGGUUUUUAUUGUUAAUGAUGGAUUUGAGGGUCUGGCUAACGGAGCGAUAGAGAAAGUGUUAUGGCAUCAGGUGGCUGGUUGGACUGGGCAGGGUGGAUCUCUACUGGGAACCAAACGAACACUUCCAAACAGCUGUAUGGAUAAACUUGUGGAAAACCUCAAAAACUAUAAUAUCCGGUCCCUGCUGAUCAUUGGUGGUUUCGAGGCAUACGAGGGAGUAUUACAGCUGGUUGAAGCCAGAGGUCGAUAUGAUGAAUUAUGUAUUCCUAUGUGCAUCAUCCCUGCCACCAUCAGCAAUAACGUACCCGGCACUGACUUCAGUAUCGGUGCAGAUACCGCGGUAAAUGCCGCCAUGGGGAGCUGUGAUAAGAUCAAGCAGUCGGCCUCAGGGACCAAGAGAAGAGUCUUUGUGGUGGAGACAAUGGGGGGUUACUGUGGUUACCUGGCAACCUACACUGGCAUCGCUGUUGGUGCAGAUGCGGCUUAUAUUUUUGAGGAUCAAUUUAACAUCCAUGACCUAAAGACCAAUGUGGAGCAUUUGACCGAGAAGAUGAAGAAAGACAUUCAGAGAGGUCUGGUGUUGAGGAAUGAGAAGUGUCAUGAGCAGUACACCACAGAUUUCAUUCACAGGCUUUACUCCGCUGAGGGCAAAGGUGUUUUUGACUGUAGGGUUAAUGUUCUGGGACACCUGCAACAGGGUGGAGUACCAACACCUUUUGACAGGAAUUAUGGCACUAAACUGGGAGUGAGAUCCGUUCAAUGGUUAACAGAGAAGAUGACCAAAGCUUAUAGACAAGGUCGUGUGUUUUGUAAUGCUCCAGACAGCGCCUGUGUGGUCGGACUUUACAGGAAAGUUUUGACUUUCAGUCCUGUGACUGAACUGAAAGAUCAGACGGAUUUUGAACACAGAAUGCCAAAGGUCCAGUGGUGGAUAAAUCUACGACUGAUGCUGAAGAUGUUGGCAAAAUAUCAGACAUCCUUCAAUGAGUAUGUGGCCGGAGAGAUGAAUCACGUGACACGUCGCUCUCUCAGUAUAGAUACUGGCUUUUAAAUACACAUCACCAACUAAUUCAAAGUCACAUCACUGCCAAUCUAACAUAUAUCAGGUUUAACCGCUCGAUUCUUUACUAAAGGAGUAAAACAUUGCUCCAUAUUUGUGCCUAAACUUGAGCAUGAUGUGACCGCUUUACUGAUGCAUACUACUAGAGUAUAGUAUUAAGAGUUUAUUUCUGUAUUGUGUCCAGCGUCGAGCAUCAGAUUCAGUUGCUUUGAAAAUUUCACUGUAGACAACCUAAGUUUUUAUGGUUUAACACAAUGUUGCUCACAUUCAGUAUAGAACAGGAGUCACCAACCUUUUUGUGGACAUUCUGGAGGGCUACUUUUUUGAUAUAGUCUACUCAAAACUUUUUGGUUUUACUUUUUGAUGUUUUAUCAUCAUUUAAAAUGUUAACAUACAUAAAAUAAACCAAGCCAGUAUAAAAAAUUGAGGCUAUUAAUGUGCUUUGGCGGGCAACCUGGUGCCCAUGGGCACCAAGUUGGGACCACUGGUUUAGACACACUGUUGUUGCUGGUAUUACACUAAAGAUAUUUUAUUCUUCACAGAUAUUUAAACUACUGAAAAGA